CAUAUGACUUGAUCGUUCGAACCGGGGAGAGUGGAUCUCGAGGAAAACUUUAUAGAUACAGAUAGCUAUAUCGUUAUACGGUCUGAUAUUUUUGAUAUUUUUGCUUCCCUUUGAACGCAUGUUUUCCACCUUUUGAGGAGCGGCCCCUGUUUGCGUUUGUGGACUGUAAUCAGAAUGUUUUUGCGUAGUUUGGCGUGUCUUUCCCUCGUGUUGUGCGGUGUCACCUGGGCUGUGUAUGACCCGGACGAGGUGACGGAUCUGCCGGGGAUGUCCUUCAAACCCAACUACAGACAGUGGUCCGGGUAUCUGAAAGCGAGUCCUGGGAAGUAUCUCCAUUACUGGUUUGUGACAUCUCAGAGGGACGCAGCGAAAGACCCUGUUGUGCUGUGGCUGAAUGGGGGGCCAGGCUGCAGCUCGCUGGACGGGUUCCUCUCAGAGAACGGACCUUUUCACGUGAACGAUGACGGUGCCACUCUGUACCAGAAUGAAUUCAGCUGGAACAAAGUCGCUAAUAUGCUAUACCUGGAGUCACCGGCGGGCGUUGGCUAUUCCUAUUCUGAUGACGGCCAGUAUAAGACAGAUGAUGAUGAGGUGGCCGACAACAACUACCUGGCUCUGCAGAGCUUCUUCGCCAAGUUUCCCAACUUCACCCAGAACGAGUUCUACAUAUUCGGCGAGAGUUACGGAGGGAUCUACGCCCCCACACUCAGCCUCAGGGUGGCCACAGGGGGUGCCGCUAAGAUCAACUUCAAGGGCUUUGCCGUUGGAAACGGCAUCAGCAGCUUCGCUCUCAACGAUCAGUCUCUCAUCUACUUCGGAUACUACCACGGCCUCUUCGGAGAGCAACUCUGGGCGGACCUGAAUAGCAACUGCUGUAAAGAUGGCACCUGCAACUUUUACAACAACUCCAUGAAGGCCUGCGUGCAGCUGGUUGGUGAGGCUUUCAGUGUUGUCUAUGAAUCGGGGCUGAAUGAAUAUGCGCUGUACCUGGACUGUGCUGGUGGAGCAAGGACCACAGGGUCCUACCGCAGGACCAUGCUCAACCUCUUCCAGAACUACAGGAAGCAGUGGGAUGCCGAAAACUUGGUUUCUGGGGGCGGGGUUCAGACCAGGUCAGGCCCGGCUUUGCAGGAGGUACCGCCCUGCAUCAACAGCACCGCCCAGAUGACCUGGCUGAACCGCGGGGACGUGCGCAAGGCCCUGCACAUCCCUGACACCCUGCCGCCCUGGGACAUCUGCAGCGAUGACGUGGGCAGCCAGUAUGUAAACAAGUACAGGACGGUGAGGGACGUGUACCUGAAGCUGCUCGGCCUGGGUGUGAGGGCGCUGGUGUACAACGGGGACACUGACAUGGCCUGCAACUUCCUGGGGGACCAGUGGUUCGUGGAGCAGCUCAACAUGAAGACAACCGCCAGCUACCAGCGCUGGCUUUUCGACAGCCAAAUUGCUGGGUUUUACCAGCAGUUUGGUAACAUCACCUUCCUAACAGUCAAAGGUGCAGGUCACAUGGUUCCACAGUGGGCUCCGGGACCCGCCUUCCACAUGUUCCAGUCCUUCCUGUCCAGCACUCCCUACUGAGCAUGCUCCAGAUCUUCUUCCUGCCCGCCCUCCCCCGCCCUGUCAGAAUGUCUGUGACCCCUCUCUGUAACAGCUUUAUGUAUCAACGCAGCGAUAAUCACAGACACAGAACAAUGAGCAGCACCGAGUGUGCACACUGUGAUUAUGGCAGUGCUUAUGAUUAAUGAUUUAUGGUUUGGUGCGUUUUUGAUUUCACACCAGCCUAAGAAAAUGAUCAAUCAGUCAAUUUGGAUAUUUGGUGGUGAAGCCUAAAAAGAUAAGCCCAGUUUACAUAGCCUGAAGGCAAUAAGGGUUAUUUAGCACCAUCCUGGAUUCAUCAAUUCUUUUUCUUUUUUAACCAGUCACAGAGGGUGGAUGAUAUAAUAUUUGAGGUUGAAAUUUAUGAAUACUUAUGGUGAAAUAACCAAUGACGUUCAGUUUCUGCUUCCUGUUUCCUGGUGAGGUGUGACCUAGUUUUUCCACUUUUGGAGGGAAAAAAAAUAUCAGGUGUUAAAUUUAAGAUGAGGGUAAUGCUUUAUGUAUGAACUCCCAUGUGUUGAUAUUGCGGGUGGUUCUGCAGUAUGUUUAGUACUAGAUGUCUGAUCUGAAUACCUCAGGAAGGAUGAUGUGGAACAGAACAAGAAAUAAGAUGCUUAAUAUGAAGGAAAAAAGGUUCCUAUCCCUGUGUAGACAUAGUUCGUUUAACUGCACUUUACAGAAAAUGAAUGUAAAUAAUGAAUCUGUGCUGAGCUGAAUCAGUCAGUCCAUUCAAACAUUUGCGUUUGAUAAUUUCCCGAUUCUGGCUCAUUUAGUCGUUAUUCUGUGUCACAUAAUAAUUUAAAGGGUGGCCUUUCACACUUAUACUUCAGUCACCAUUUCUGCCAGUCAUCAUUAAUGUUGUCUUCUGAUGGCGCGGUGUCAGUUAAUUUGGUCUGUCGUUGGAGGGACCGUCGUGAUGAGGCAGUCGCACCUGUGUCCCAGGUAGGGCAGUGGUUGUAGGAAUUUGCUGUGUAUCAGGCCAAGAGGAAGAGGAAAUCUGCUGCCUUAUACGUGGGAAAGUUUUUCAGAAUAACAGAAUAGGGAGUGAAGCUUCUCAAAUCUCAAAAUGG